AUGGCGGCUCCCACAACGAUCACGAAGCUCCCCGAGGUGCUCCGCAGUCCUACCUCUCUCCAAUAUCUCUCCUACAGACACCCGGUCAAACACUCAAACCCGUACUUCAAGCCCAGAUUCACCUUUAAGCUCGAAGAUAGGAAACAUACCUUGCUGGACGUCUACCGGUUGCGACACACAGACCCUUUGAUGCCCGUGUACCCUUACGGCGAGAAUAAACAAUUUCCAGAAGCAAAUUUCGGUCUCUAUGGUGGCGCUACGGUACAAUCUGGGAGCAAGAUAUCCAAGGGCAGAAAUAAGGGCAAGACAUUGCGACAUUGGUUCCCUAAUGUCCGGGUUGAGACUGUGAGGAGCGAAGCGUUGAAUAGGGAGCUCAAGAUCCCUAUUACUGCCCGAGUCAUGAGAACCAUCAGCAAAUGUGGCGGUAUAGAUCAAUAUGUCACUGGAAUGAAGCCUGCCAGAAUAAAGGAGCUGGGUAUGCUGGGCUGGAAACUGCGAUGGCUGGUCAUGACAUCUCCGAAGUACCGGUCAGCGCACGCCGAACAGUUGCGAAAAUACAACCUGCCUACGCACUACUCCUUAUCAAGCUCCUUUGAAGACGCGUGGAAUGAUGAAAACGUCCGGGCGAAGAUGAUCGAGCAGCAAGAAGCGGCCUGGCGUGAUCUACGAGAGGCGGCCGACCGAUUCGAAAAGCAUGUGCAGAGGAAUUGGAUCGAGAGCGGGGAGAAAGAAGUUUACCAAAUCCCGAAACUGGAGACGCUCAACCGCAGUAGCCCGCUCUCAUUGGGCCUGCCGGAACAUUUGGAAGAGCCGGAUGUCGUUGACAAGAGUUACAGAGGUCUCAGGACCUUCAAGAAGUCUGCUGGAGACAGUCUGCAAGAAAUCUCAUCAGGAGUUACCUCUGUUGAAGACAGCGACAAGGUCAUCAGCGGUGAUGAAAAGUUGGUGGCGACAGCAACGAUGGGAACCAGCUCCGGAGACAUCGAAAGACACAUCGAGGGAAACGCUUCAGAAGACCACACGUCGCCGAGUGAUCCUCAACUUAAUGUGGCUAGCAGCGAGGCAGCACUACCGGACUCUCAGCAGUCGAAGACAAGGACGGAACGGGAAGGUUGA